AUGGCUCCUACAAGGAAACCUAGGAUAAUAAGUCCGCGUUUUAAACAUGGCGAAGAGUCUCCUGAUAAGGAUGGAUGCAAUACAAAUAAAAACAAGACAAAAGUAAGCGUUUUCCUUCUAUUCCAAUUUGCUAUGAUUUAUUUAUCUACGGUGUCAAAUAUCGUGAAUUAUCUACAUCACGUAUUAAUGUAGCGUUAAUAUGUACUUAUUUAUGGUAGGUAACAUAGUUACAUUCUUACUUUUUUCUUGUUUAUUUAAGAGGAAAAGUAACUUUCCAUUUUAAACGUUACUUGAAAGUUUAAUAAAGUGAACCUGGUGCAAACUAUAGGAGCUACAUGGCUUGUUUAAAGGUUUGACCGAGCUCACAGUGGUUAACUUUUUUCCCUAGUUAAAGUAACAUUUAUAAUUUGAUUCCUUGUGAGGUCAGUUUUUCGUGAGUUCAAGUUGCAAUGAUUAAAAUAGGUGAAUGCUAUUCUGCAGGUAUUUUAGGAUUUUCUUUUUGGGAAUAGUUGGGAGUAGUUUCUAACUGUAAAACAUCUAUUGAGCUGAGUUAAACUAGGCGUACUCUGAUUUAGUUGUGUUGCUUAUGUGGUAAAUGUUGGUGCAUUGAGGUUUCUACUUUUUCGUUUUGUUGUACAAUUCACCAUUUUUUCAUUGGACGUAUCAGUUAAGUGAUUUGCUUUGCCAUUUUCUAUUUUUAAUUUUGACAAUUUUGGUAAGUAAUAAAUUAUUCAGACAAGUGCGAGGAUGGAAAUUUGGAGACUUGCUUACUUAAUGAGAGGUUAAUACAUCUUUAUUCUUGAUAUGUUUUGGUGGAAACCAGAAUUCUUUUAUGCUAGUUUUCUAUUGUAAGCUGUUUUUAUCGAAGCAGAGUGAAUUCUAUUCUCCUGUUGUUUUUCUUUUGCUUUUUAAGCAAAUACCCAAUCCAAUAAUCUAAAAUAAGUGUAAUUUCCAAUUCUCACUGCAAGAAUUAGAGGUUCUUGUUAAAUCCUUAUUGGUGAGUAAUGCAUCAUUGGGAUCUAACCUUCUCUUUGUUUACUUAGCCUUGCUUUCUAUCAUUUCUGUCACUAAAUAAUAUACAUGCAAACAUGAAGAUAAGGGAUGCAAUAACAAUUUUUUUAAUGCCUGUGUAUUGUUACCUAACUAUUUCUUAAUUCUGGGCAUCUUGAGUGUGAUAAUUACCAUAUGCUACGACCAUGUACCUCUUUUUUUAUGAAGCUGGUAUGCAUGUUCCAACUGGGCCCGGUUGUGAAGUUUCUUCUUAAGUUUGGUAUAGAACCAUUAUGAAAGUUACUUGUGUGACACUUCUGGUCUCGAUUGUUUGUCUUGCAAAAAAGUUCAUUAAAAAUUUCGUAGCAGCUACAUAUCUACCAUUUAUUGCGACUGUAUUUCAUAACCUAUUUCUCAAUAAAUUCUACGAAACAUUCUUAUUAUGCCUUCAUAGUAACGAAAAUCAUUUGUGCUUGGUGCCAUAUCCUUAUAAACAUUGUAUUUUUGUCGACACCAAUGAAGUAUUAAAGUGUAGGCAGUAUAAGAAUUUGUUAAACUAUCAUUUGUCAAAAAAAGUCGAUGGAGUAUUCUCCUGUUAUGUUAGGAAUUUAAAGUUCACUUGUGACUUUUUUGGAAAAAAAUGAAUGACAGUAUUAUUUCCUUUUUUUUGGAGAAAGCUAUGUCUAAAAGUUAUAUAUAUUGUUUUAUUGUGACUAUGUGAUGGGAAUCAUAUUAUGAUGCAGAAAAGGAAGCUUUCUGACAUGCUUGGCUCCCAAUGGAGCAAGGAAGAACUUGAGCGCUUUUAUGUGGCUUAUCGGAAACAUGGAAAAGAUUGGAAGAAGGUUUGAAUUCUUAAUUUUCUGGCUCAUGAAAGCGUACUUGUGCAUUUAACACGAUUACUGUGUACUUUAUGGUAAUUAUUUGUUCCAAUUAUCUUAUACUGCUCUGUAUUGCACUGCAAGUAAGACACUAGAGCGUUGUCUGAGAUCUGCGAUUGUUGCAUGUGUAUCUGGACAUAAAACUUCGGGAAAACCUCUGAUGAUAUGAUUGGAUAGUUUUGUUUCUAAGAUUAUCUUAAUUUGUUUCUGUUGUGUGAUCUAAUUAUCAGGUGGCAGGUGUGAUACGAAACAGAACUGUUGAUAUGGUGGAGGCGCUCUACAACAUGAAUAGGGUAAGUUUUUUUAUCUCAGAUUAGCUUUAGCUUAGUUGGAAUUGUUACUUGUUCUUCUCUCUCUCUUAUCUCUUGAACUGCUCAUGUUGCUUUAGAAUAUCCUUAUUACUAUUUUCUCAUUUUGAACGUUGCAUUUAGUGUUUGUAUCUAACCUCAUUUUUUCACGUCAGUGUAACUAACCAACUUCUGGUGAGAUUUACGUUGUCACUGGUAUCUUUGAUUUUAUGAUUAUCAAAUUUGCUUGUUUAAUUCCAAGUAGGCCAUUUUUAAAAUCUUCUUUCAUUUUCAUUGUUAAUCUUAUCAUGACGCAUUCCUACAAUGUACUUCAAUGGUAUGUGAGGAAAAAAACCAAAUACUUCUCCUUUUGAGAAAAUUAUUGAUAUCUUUGCCGGAAUUCCUGCUCACAUAUCGGGUGGCAUCUUCUACUUAUGUGUCAGGCUUGAUCCACAUCAACAGUCGUUUAUUAUAAAGUAAUCGUUUCCUUAUUUAUCAUCUACCGACAUAUGGUUAUUUUCAUCUGACCUAAGACAAUUCGGAGUAUAGCUAUUUUCAUCAACAGUCUUUCCUUUUUUUCAUUACUGGGUAGAGGACAGAUGCUAAUUUCUUGGUGCAUCCUUCACCUGAUAAAUUUCUUGUCAACAAAGAUUAUCCAGGCUUAAGGCUGUUCUUAUCAAAAAAAAUUCCAAGAAUGUAAGAUGGGAUGUACAACCAAUUAUAUGUUAUAAAGAGAUUUCGUUGGAAGAUCUUUCAACAUUACCCUUGAUGGUAAAUGUGUCAGUUUUAUCAGCCAUGAAGCUGGGACUUAGCCUUUCUUCGGGCCUUGUUCAUUCAUGUUCUGACUGUUAUUUUAUUGUCAUGACCUGUUGUUCAUUUUAUUCAUUCGGUUCUUGAGCACCAAUUUGUGUUUCUUCAUCACCAUCCCAAACUUUUCGGUUUUGUUGGGAUGACAAAAUAGUAUUUUCCAAAUUCAAUAUAUGGAUUCAUUCUUGAUUUGAUUUGAACCAUUGUUUUACCUUUUAUUCAAUAUAUCUUCUUAUUUUCAAUAGAUUUUACGUUUACUCAUGUUUGAUAGCUAUGGGUUUUAUGUAUUCAUCUCCGUCGUAUCCCUGUUAAUGGAAUUUCAGGCGUACUUAUCUCUACCAGAAGGAACGGCUACUGUAGCAGGAUUAAUUGCUAUGAUGACUGAUCAUUACAAUAUCCUGGUAAGCCAAUAGUUUGGACUAUCCUAUUGCUGUUUUUGUGGUGGAUUCGUUUCGUGUUCUCCUAGAUUUUUGUCCUUCUGUUUGUAUGUAUUAUUUUGAAAACUAUCUACUAUAGUUUUCUGCUGACCUAGUGACACUGAAUAUGACUAGGUCUCUUGAAACACAGAGGAUUUUUCUUUAGAUUGUCUAUUCCUUUGGGAAAGUCCACAGGGCAGGAAUGAAUCUUCCUACAGUCGUAUAUUGCUGUUGCUUCAUAGAUACAGUUUCUUCAGUAAAUUGAGGUUCCAUGGCCUUUUGCUAUGAACCCUCUAAAAUGACGUAGAGUGCUGUAGUAGAUUCUUGAGAGUGUGUAGUAAUAUAGUCCAUUCGGUGGACUUAAUCACAUAACUGCAACAUUGAGAAUGACAUAAUGCAAUAACAGAGCAUUACCGGUUUUGGUUCUAGUUCCUUUUGAUGGUGGCACUGGCUAGUUCUACGUGUGUGCUGCUGGUUCUGGUCAUUUUCUGAUCAAAGGUUUUCUUAAAAAGAAGGCAUGAAGCAGAGGAAGAAGACACAAGAAGAUAUAGGGGAAGAAUAAACUCAACUUGUACUUGGGGUUGUUUUUACUGGAACAACAUUUUUUAUGCUGUCUGACAUUUUGGGGGCCUUUUUCUUGUUGAAGUUACAUUAUGAUGGAAGGACAGAAGAGUGGAGGGGCAGCUAGAAAUGUAAUGUGAGGAGGAAGAAAAUGAAGAACAAAUGAAGUGGAACUUGCAUUUUCCCCUAUUUCUUUCUAUCUUUUUAGGACCAUGUCUUCCCUACUUCUUGAUGUGCUUUUUGCCUCUAUUUCCUGCUAUAGUCAUACCCUGUGUUAUUGCUAUGGAUGCCAUGUGUACCAUCUAUUGCAGAUGCCCUAUGCCAUCCACCAAAAUUCUCCAUAGCUGCCUGUCUCAUUCUUUCUUGGUUUGUAAUUCACAGAGUGGUAGUCGUUGUUGAAGCUUCUCCUUUCAGAAUUUUUUUUGCUUUUCUGUUCCAUAGCUUAGGCGACUGUUGUAGAACUGUUGUUUUUGGUUGAAAUCUGUUGACUGGUUUGCAGAUAAAUUUGCUGUAAAAUGUACUUGACUGCCAUAUUUUUCAGGGAUAAAGUGUGGUGGUUUGCCAUGUAACUCAUAGCAUCUGUCUCUAGUGUGACGUAGUUUUCUGCAGUAUGUACACCAUAAAUUGUCUCUAGAGUCAGUUUUCUGAUUCCUUCUUUGACCCUGUUGAGAUGGUUUAGGCGGAUCAGCAGUCUUCUUCAUAUUGUCGCCUUGUUUAAUCAUAAAUACAUAAUUAUCUAUUUUUGGACCUGACAUCAUCAAUUUCCUGCGACUUUCCUCAUUUAAAAUGAUCGAAAUAGCUUCAUCUAACUCAACUUUCUUCUCACAUCUCAAUAUCUGUUGCCUGACCUGAUCAAACAUAGGAUUUAGACCAGCCAAAAAUUUAAACACUCUCCUUCUGUCUAUGAAAUUUCGUAAUGCAGUAAUUUCAGCAGAUUUUUCGGUGUCAAGACUAAGAUAAUAGUCAAGUUCCACCCAUAGAUUCUUUAAUUAUCCUGCAUAUUCCAUCACUGGUUUACUCCCUUACAUCAUUGACAUUGACUUUGUCUCAAGUUCAUAUACGUGAGCUUGAUUAUUUUUCUGUGAGAAUUUGGUGUGAACCAUCUCCCACAAGUCCUUGACAGUGGCUAAGAAGAACAAAUCAUGUGAUUUGGGGAAUCAUGGUUCCCCACAGCCAAGUUUUAAUCAGGGCAUCCUCUUCUCUCCAUCUCCGAAAUUCUCGUGACAUUGGGUCUGGUUUCCCCUCUAUCAAGUGGUGUACCAUGCCUCUUCCAGUUAAUACUUUACAUAUAUAUUCUGACCAUUGUAUCAGAUUAUAUCCUGUCAGUUUAGACUCUAGAGGCAUUGUAGGGAGUUCUAUCAAUAAUCUUGCGCCUCUAGGAACAAGAUUAACCUCCCUUGUGGAGAUUGAAUCACCCCCAUAACAUGAAGCAACAUCAUCUGUAGCUUUCAUUUCAAGAAAUAGAAGUCUACUUCACGAAGAAACUGAUUUCGUGACCAAAUCUUGAACAGAAAUAUUCAAAGAACGGUACAAAGACUGUAAUAGCAGAAUCACUAAGUGUGGAAGCGAAUUAGAGCGAUUGCACCUGUAUUCACUCUGUGAAGUGGCCGUAGAGACAGUGUGUCCCUCGCCAGAUGUGGUACCAACAACAGUGGUACCAACAACAGUGGUACCUCCCUCACAACUAACCACAGAUCGUCAAGAGAGAGGAAUUCGAUACCAUGUAGAAUGGUAGUCUUCAAUUUGGUGUGCUGGAGAUCCCGCAACACCUUUGGAGAGGAAGAAAAACCUUUAUUGAAUGAAAACAAGAAAACUGUUUUACAAGACAGACGGGGUCCAGUAUUUAUACUAGACUCUUGACAGUACAUGAUUACCAGUAUUCAGGGCAUAUCUGCCAAUAUGAAACUACAGGGUUUAUUUAUAAAAUCCUCACGACAACAAGAACAAUGGCUGGUUUCCCUUUCAAAACUUUGUAAAACAGGUGAAAAAAAACCAAACAAGGCAACUUAUGGAACAAACUGGUUUGGCUUGGUUUUGAAUUAUUUUCGAUCACUUUUUCCUUAUCUGGUUUUACAUAGUGUGGCAUGAAUUGGUUGGUUUUUUGGUUUUCUGUUUUCUAGACUGUUAUAGGUGAUAAUACAUUAAAAAUCUAGUGGGCUUUCCUGUUUGAUUAGAUAUGCCAUUUAAUCUUCUGAUAAUUAAUGCUCUAUUUAAUUUACGUAUAUAAACCUUUAUUAGUAUUUUUUGUUUUAAUAGAUGGCUUACUGAUCCGUAGGUGAAAUUCAGGUGAAACAUUAUCCUUCUAGCUUAUAAAUUCGUUAGUAUGGCAGAUUAUUACCGCAGUUUUGGUGUUAACCAUUUGAUGACAUGCAAUCAUUUCACUGCGAAACGAUGGCCAAAAUUUUGUAUAUUUGCCAACGGAAACUGGUAACAUGAUUGCUCUGAAUUUAAGCCUAUAUAUGCUUUUCCCUUGUGAGAAAGCACCUGACCUUUGAUUCCUGUAUUAUUCUAAAACCUGAUUAUGUUCGGCUGGUCAGUGUGUCCAACUGCUGUUUUAGUUUUCUAUAGAAAUAGACAUUAUCUUUUUCUCUCUUUGCUUCUGUUAUCAUUUCUUUAUAUUUUGCCUUUGUACUUGAACAGUCUAGUAUUUGUUGUAUUUGUAUCUUUCAAUGGUUGAACGGUCUAGCAUUUGUACAUGAACUUGGGAUGUCAUUGUGUUUCUAUUAUUGUAUAUUUGAAACUUUUUGUGACACAGUUGUAGAGAUCCACUUUCAUUGUCAUCUAGUGUUAUAUAACUGAUAAAUUUUGUUUGGUCAGUCUUUUCUGACUAUGAACUCUGUGUUAUAUGGUAGAAUUCUAAAUUAUUUUAUUCGUUUGAAUCUUUUGUGCUGUGUCUGGCAGGAGGGUAGUGAUAGUGAUGAUGAGAGCAAUGAUGAACUACAAACAUCAAACAAGCCUCCAAAACGUGCUCGGGGAAAAUUGCAUCCUAAUGCAUGUAAAGGAUCAACAACUUCUUAUCCUGAUUUGUUGCAAUAUCAAUCGACAACAACAAAUUAUGGAUGUCUAUCUCUACUAAAGAAAAAGCGGUCUGGAGGUAUCUUUCAAUGGAUUAAGCUUACUUAUCAUCUUCUGCCAAUUCUCUUGAUACGUACAUUUGUAGUUUUAUGUUGAUAAAAUUUACAGACUACAAAAAAACUGUUUUUUUCUGGCAACACAUUUCCAAAGAGCCUGCAUCCUCGCUUAUUGAGUUUAGGAAGCUGAUUAUUGAUUUCGUUUAAGGAUGAAAUAAUGGGCUCAUUAUUGACCUUUAGGAAGGUAAUUAUUCACACCAAGCAUUUUCUCGGUUAGAUGAUUUAGAAAACGCAACUAAUAAUGUUUAAUUAUGAUCGAAGUACGUUACCUUUUCAUCCAUUCUAAUCUAGAAUUCUUGAAGCGUUUGGUCGUUAUAAUUUUGAGAUAUUUAUCUUUACGUGGGUGAGGGUUAUCAUUAUGGGAGUCUUUAUUGUGCAAGCUUUAUUUUGGAUUUCAAAAAUUCACUAAGAUGAUAAAGAAGCAUUCUAUCUCACAAGGCAGCAUGAUGCAUGUUAUCACUGAAUUUAGUGAAAAAUGUGUGGCAUCAAUAUAGUUACAAAUUUAAAGGAGAGUUAGGGGUUUCAGGUAUGAUCUUCCUUGUAUUUGCUUUCUUCCGGUGUGGUAUUUGUUCACACCGUGGCUGUUGUGUUUGUAGAUGCUCGAUUUAAGAUGGAAACAAAGUUGUGUGUUUUAGUAAAUACGGUCUUGCCUUGGGCCAUACUCUGUCAUCGGUUAUUUUCUUUUCGGCCUUGGUGUCAUGCGAAAUGUUUCCAAUGAUUGCUUCCACUGAUAGGGAGAAUGGGAUGUUUACUGCUCUGUUUUUGUUCAAAGGUCGUGGUUUUGAUUACUCUUAAGAAAAGGGAAUUAAAAUGGUGUUAGAAUUGAAUAGGUGGCAUGAUAUGAUUGAUAACGUUGUAAUUUGAUUCGUAAAUAUCAAGAAAUGUGAGUAUGAUGACAGAAUCUUUCUCUGUGCUACUUUUCUUAUGGAUAAUUUUUGCAGUGACCAUAGGCCAUACAACUCUGUCAGAUCCUAAUAUUUCAUUUUUUUCUUUUAAUUUUUUACUAUCAAUGUUAUCUUCAGAUAAAAAACACGGCAUCUGUAGUAGGAAUUAACGUUCCUUUAGGAAUGUUGGACAGCAUUUAACCAUCUCCACAGCAUUCUCAAUGAACAUUAGGGAAAAAUCAUUAUGCAGUACUGACGCUUGUUAUGGUAUCAUAAAAUAAUAAGAGAUCGGGACAUCUUGCAGUGUUGAAGAGAGGAUAGUGUAUAUCAGGAACAAAGUGAUCAAUGAGAACAAACUAGUCUAUUUGAGUUUGAUCAAUAUUGUUUUGUCUUUAGGUCAGCUUUUCUGCAUCAGUGAUAUAUGGUAAAAUAUGCAUAUGUUUAAUUUCUAUAUUUUUGUGUAAUUGCAUCUGCUUUCUAUUAUGUCUUGGUUUGUCGCAUCUCCUUUUCUGGCCCAUUUUUCCACAUUUGUCCAGUAUUAAUUAAAAAGUAUAUCCUAUCCUAAUUUUUUCCGAGGGUAGAUAUUUUGGUCAAAACCCGAUCCGAUUCAUCACUUCCUGCAUAAAAGUUUGUCGCUAUAAUAAAUUCAUCAAAGCCUCUCGGACUCCUUUUUGAAGUGAUUAAUUAGUUUGUGUCCAUUCAGGUAGUCGACCUCGUGCUGUCGGGAAAAGGACACCACGUUUCCCUGUUUCAUAUACAUAUGACAGAGAAGCCAUGAAUAUGCUUUCUCCUUCCAAACUUGUCAAAUCAGAGAGGGAUGCUGAUGAGGAUGGUGUCCACGUAGCUGCAUUAGCCUUAGCAGAAGCUUCUCAAAGAGCCGGCUCACCACAGGUUUCGCGGACCCCACUCAGAACUGAGCACAGUAAAUCCUCUCCGGUGCAGAGCGGUGAAAGAAAGGUAAAAAUGAACGUCACUUCGUUGUCUCUUCUAUUCCCUAAUGGAUUAAUUUAAAGUACUGUUAUCUUUUUUGACUGUAGCAUGUAGAAUUGGAGGCAUCCAAUUCUAGGUUCAACGCACUUUGGAAGGAUAGUUAUGGUUCAGAAGGCAGUCUAGGAAGUGUUGAAGCUGAAACUGGUGACUUUGCUCUAGAAACUGGCUAUCAUCAUGAUUCAGAAAAUGGCCACACUUUAGAAACUAAGAGAAAAGUUAGAAAAUCAAAAGGAAAGAAUCCAAAAACUAAUGGAAUUGAAAGUAAUAUGCUUGAUGAUGAUGUAAGAGAGGCAUGUAGUGGUACUGAGGAAGGACCCAGCAAUCGAGGCUCAAAGGCUGAAAUUGAUUCAGAGGUGUCUGAUCGGAAAAUAGCUCAAUCUUUUCAAGGUCCAAGAAAGAGAAAUAGACAACUCUUCUCUGGAGGUACGCUGCUACCCAUCUUGAUUUGCUACAGUUUGAAUGCUCCAGUAGUGAUAGGCAUUCACUUAGGUGGUUGAAUUCUUUUUGCCUUUCUUCUGUUGGUAAUUUAGCAUGAUUAAGUUUAACAAGAAUCGACUAGGCAUUUUCAAACUUAGUAUUGCUUUCAAUUGUCCAUCAUUAUUAAGCUACUCAUUAUAAGUGAGAAAAUACAACUAUGCGAAUAAAUUUUUCCUUUCAAAUGAUGAAGGCGUAAGCAGAGGAUGAACUACAUAAGGUAGAUCUUAGUUAGAUAAAUCUUAUAAUGAAGUAGAUCAUUACUUUGUUUUGAAUCAUUGUUUUCUACCAUAUUUAAGUGGCAGACAUUUUCAUGCUUGUUUGAAGGUAUUACAUUUUAUAUCCAACUUAUAUGCACUUUUAUGUCUCGGGCUUGGGAGUCUUUUUUCUACUUUUUGACAUGGUUUAUGUAUUUGUUCCAAUUCCACCUAGUUGAAUGACCUGAGAGCGGCCGUAAAAUCUUAUUCAAUAGAUUGUGAUAAUAUGCCCAGAAGUUAUAUGGAUACGUUAUAAAUAGUUUGAGUAGUGAAGGGAUAAAUAUGCACAAUUUUAAAUACAAGAAGUCUUUUUUCUUUCUUCAUCCUUGAUUCCAUUCACAGAAGGUGAAGUGAAGUACAGUGGAGGUUGUGAGAGGUGUGACUAUCAGAGGGAAAAUUAAUGGAUACAUUGGCGUGUGAUGAAAGCUGUGGAGUUAUACUAAAAAUAGGAACAUAUGAAAAGAGAAGGCUAAGUUGAAGUGGGCAGUGGAUGAAAUGUCUACGGCAUGUUCUCUUCCUCUUUUUAAUCUUUUUCUCCACUUUUUCAUCUUCGGACUGUAUGUAGCUGGCUUCUUUAGGCUUAGGAAGAAUUGACCUGUAGAUGUUUCUCAUGUAAUGGUUCAUAUGUCUCAGUGAGCAAUUGUAAUCCUGAGAUGGUCUAAGUUCUUUCAAUGUUGAACUAACUUUAUGUACCCCAUUUUCUGUUGGCUGAAAUAUAUACAACCCCAAUAGAAAUGAAAUUAUUUUUAAAUAUUUUCAUGCACAUAGUUUUAUCUUUGUAGACAUUAUGAUUAGAGGAAGGAAAAACACGUAGAAAGAGUAGGUGUAGAAACGGUGGAGAAUAACUUUCUCAUACCUUCUACAAUCCCUGAGGCUAAUAAUAGAUCUUAUUCCAACAGAGUAUGUGCCAAAUGAUCCCACAAACGUCCAAUAGCAAGCAGGCACAACAACAAAAUAGUUAUUCCUCAACAAUCAUCCUCAAGCAUAAAUGUCAUGCAUGCUUAGCUUGCUUCAUGUAGAGUUUAAUUAAUCUCUGCUUGAUAAAAUAUCAGCCUAUCUCAAUGUCUUUGUUUCUAUCGUCCUGGAUAGGGUUGUUACAAAUAGUGGAAGCUAGAUCAAUUCUAUUAUACAAUGUGCCAUGGUUUUACUCUCCACUUGAACAGUAAUGUUAACGCGAGCUCUUUCCAUUUCGAAAAUAAAACGUUUCUGCUUAAUUUCUGCUUGUGCUGGAAGGAAAAAUGGCACUCAAUCAUUACUGGGUGAAUCUUAUUAUUUAACUUUUUCACCCUUUUAUCACUUUUGAGACAUAAUUGAUCCAUUCUCAAUAGAAAAUGGUACAUCUUAUUCAUUCGACAAAAUUCGUAACCAUGUAUUGAAGAAGUUUGCUAGAAUGUUUCUGUUCAAAUACAUUGAUUUGAUAUUUUUUUGAUACUGCAGAUGAAAGUACUGCAUUGGACGCUCUACAGACUCUGGCAGAUUUAUCAUUUAAUAUUUUGCUACCAGGCUCUGCCGUUGAAUCUGGUAUGUCCUCCUACAGAAGCAAAAUGCAUUCAUGUAAUUUCAAUUUAAAAUAAAAAGAUGGUUAUUGAGAUCCACAUUGAGGGUAAUUUCCUAUGGUGUUCAUUUCUUUACCUUGUCAGUAUUUUAUUUAUGUUUUACCUUUUCUUUUCGAGCUUUUCAAUUGUUGACGUCUUGUUGACAUGAUUAAACAUCAUUUCAACAGAAACAGACCUCCACUAUUCUAUGAAUGACGUUUCGUUUUUAUUUAUUUCCUGGGUUUUCCGCGUUUACCUGGGAUUUAGUUUUUACUUUCUGUUCUACUAUUUGUUCAAGUGAUGCUGAUUUUAUUUUUUUCCUGGAUUCUCCACGUUGACCUGGGAUUUAGUUUUUACUUUCUGUUCUACCAUUUGUUCAUUAGAUGCUUACUGGUGAAUGGAACAAUCUAAAUUUAAUAAUCAUAGCUUUUUCUUCUUUCCAUGUAAUAAGCAUUUGCCCCUAGAAUUGAUAUUAUCCAACCUCUUAUAUUUUCAAACGUGUAUCAGAGUCAUCUGUCCAGCCCAAAGAGGAUAAGAAAAGUGUUGAUGUCGUUGAAAAGUUUGCUCUGCCCGAGGUGACUACGAAAGGCAGGAAAGAUAAAACCAAAGUCUCAAACAAGAAGGUUGGUCCUUUAUUUAGUACACGAAAAACCUCCAAACAAAGGGAAUUAUCUCCAGAUGCAAAAAUUUCUUCAGAAGCAAAGAAUACAAAUCAUCAGCCUGUUCGCAGAAUUCGGAAGAAACCACUAAAGCCUGGGCUUGCCAAAGUAAGGGAAACGUAGCUAAUAAUUUGUCCGAAAGUUUUUUAUCGUACAAUAGCAGCGCCUAAAAUGUCACAUUUUGAUCAUGGCUAACUUAUUUAUUUCGCGGCAGAAUCCAAAAGAUGAAGAAAAUGAAGAUACUUGUCCAACUGAAUCUCCAGUACAAGAGGUACCUUGAUGUUUUUUCAUUUGCUUUCUUUCUUGGAUUUCUUUUAGUAAAUUGUCUUUUCUAUGUAAAUUUAUAGGGGGCUCUAUAAGGAUUUUUUAUUUAAUGAAAUUUGUGCACAACGUUGUUUCUGCUUGUUAUAUGCCUUAUAUGCUUUGUAAUCAGGACGUAAUUUAAUUGAAUGUGUUCUCAACGCAUACUGUGUCUGAACCGUUGAUGUGUAAAAUUCUGAUUAUUGAUAUUGUAAACGUUUAUCACUAUCGUGGUUCAAUCCAAUUUCUUUCUGGUUCAUAAACUCCAGAUCUGCAUUCAUCUGUAAUGUGUAAUGGGAAUUAUUUUCCUAAGAUAAAUGCCUGUACGCAUCAAAUUGAUUGAUUUUGAUGCACGUGAAUGUUUAAUAGUCCUUUUAGGUGAAAGUUUCUCUGCCUGUCCAAUACAUACACACAUUCAAUCGAAAAACAUAUUUCUCUUGUGUGUUAGUAUUCUGCUCUUGGUGUCCGGAUAUAGGAACGCUAUUCGCCAUAGUUUUACUAUGCACUUUUUUAUUUGACCCUGACAAAGUUUGUUGUAAUAUUAUUACCAUUAUCGUGAGGUGAAACCAUUAAAUUUCCCUUAGCUGAUACCAAACUGAUAACAAAUCACUUUCUGCUGCCUAUGGUAGUUUUAGUCAUUCCUUUCUCUUUGUGUAUUAACCAUGGUAACAUUAUUGCUUAUUCGAUCUUUACAUUCAUAUCAAUGCCUUGAUUUACUUCCAGGUCCUAUCUGUUUGUCUGAACUUUAUUUUUUGUCCUGUAAUCAGAAACCUUACCUACCACUUAGAAGCAAAAAAUCCGCUUGAACAGGUCUAGCCAUCGAAAGCAGUAUGUUUUGAUUGUGAAUACAUGACGUCACAUAUCUGUGUGCUAAAAUAUCCAUUCCCAUUCCCAAAGAUCAAUGCUUUAUGCUACUUGCUAUCCCAUUUCUAUGUUAAGCAUUCUCUUGGGACUCUAAAUCAUUUGAAACUUAUUUCAGGUAUAAACGGAAUCUGAAAAAUUAAUUUCUAAAAGUUUAUGUGAUUGAUUCAGAACUUAAAUAUCUGUCGCAUGUACAUCCGCUGCUGAUGCUGGAAUGCAUGUUUAUCCUACUAUUGCAGUUUUAUUGGGUACUUCUCAUGGAUCCUUCGGCCAAAUUAACAUUGCCCAGUUUUUGUCUUACUAAAGGAAAAAGAAAUGUUCCUUUCACAGCUUUAAUGCCAAUACUGUGGUCUGGGUCAUUUAAUGCCUAUCAUCGUCUUACCAGACCGGAGUCUUCUCUUUUCAUGUUGCCUUUGUACAAAGUAUUCUACUAAACAUGAAUAAAAAAUUGUGAUUUUUUUUUAUAUUGAGAAAUUAUCCAUUUUAAUUCUCACCGCUAAAUCUGAGUUAUUCUGGAUGAGCUUAUGUGUGGUAUGACAUCUUCAUGAAACGCGGUUUUGCCUUGGUAACUUUUGUGGCUCAUUUCUGCGGUCCUGAUAUCCUUUUCUUUUGUCAUGAUUUAUUGGUUGCUAGCUCUGUAGUUUCCAUUAUUUAUUCUUAGCUGGACUCAUUUUUACUUCCAGGUGAUAGUUGAAGAAUCAAAGAAGUCCAGUGGUAAAGUGAAAGGUGGCCCUCAUGUUCCAAGUCAGAAAUUGACAAAAAUGGUUAAAAGUCUGGAGCCAGCUUCCUCAGGCUCUGAAAUAUCACGGAAACUGACGGAUGAGCACGAAUCUAUCAGCCAAAUUCCCGAAGAAAGCAAGGUUAUCUUGAUCAGUAAACGGAGAAAUCGGCGUAAAAUGACUUUGCAGAGAGCAUUAGUGCAGGAGUUGAAGCCUUCUGCACUUGUUCAAGAGGACCAUUCUGACAUAUAUGUUCAUGCAGCCAGUGACAAAGCUAUUGAUGUCAAGGCGAGAUAUUUUUCAUUUUCUGUUUGCAUAAUCCAACAAUUUUGUGAGUUUACUAAUGCUAAGUUUAUGGUGGUGCAGGCAAAGCUUUCACACUGCCUGUCGUCUCCUUUGUUGCGUAGAUGGUGUAUGUUUGAAUGGUUUUACAGUGCUAUUGAUUACCCUUGGUUUGCUAAAAGUGAAUUUGUUGAGUACUUGGAUCAUGUUGGAUUGGGCCAUGUGCCUAGGUUAACUCGGGUGGAAUGGGGUGUCAUACGAAGGUAAUUUUACCUUAUGAGCUAGAACUUUUGAUUACUUUUGUCGUAACAAUUUUUUUUUCUCACGUUCCAUUUUCUUGAUAUUUCUGUAUGAACAGUUCUCUUGGGAAACCUAGAAGGUUGUCAGGGCAAUUUCUUAACGAAGAAAGGGACAAACUGGAGCAGUACCGUGAGUCAGUGAGAAUACAUUAUACUGAGCUACGAGGUGGUAUUAGGGAAGGGCUUCCUACAGAUUUAGCUCGGCCGUUGUCUGUUGGGCAGCGUGUAAUUGCAUGCCAUCCAAAGACAAGAGAGAUUCAUGAUGGAAGUAUUUUGACUGUUGAUCGGAGCAGGUGUAGGGUUCAGUUUGAUCGCCCUGAGCUAGGUGUCGAAUUCGUGAUGGUAAGAGAUCUACUUGCAUUUGUCUCCUAGAGCUUUUUUUUACUGAUGGGUUAUUAAAGUACAUAUCAGAUGAUUUUCUUAUGAAUUUGGUCAUUUUAUCUUGGAUGGCUAUGUUCAAGAUAUUUUGCCUGAUCUGUGUCUGAAUCAUGCUAUAUGGAUUGAUCAGAGUUGGCUCAUGGUAGUCUGUACUCAAUAAAUAUAUCAAAUAGAUGGUGGUAAAGCCGUACAUAAUAUCUUUUGUGGAUCAUUAUUUUUGCCUAUUUUGCUUUUAUACUCAAUUUCAUUAGUAUUAGUUUCGUCUGUUUGUUCUAUAUACACAUACUUAGAUUAUAGUAAAUCUGCUCAACACUUGAUUGAAAUUGAAAGAAUUGAAAGAAAGGAAAAUUGAAUUUUAAUGUUUAUAUGGUUGGCUUUAGCUUGUGGAUCUUUUUUUUCUGAUAGGGAAUUUGGUCCAACUUGUGCGCUGUGCUUUUAUGAUUGGAUUGAUACCCUCAAAGUUUUCUUCUGAAACAAAACUGAAGAUAUUUCAAAAGUUGCAGGGAUACUCGCAUUUUUUUUUAAUUGAAAGAAAUGAUAGGAAGAUAAGAGGAUUUGAAAAUAACUUUAGCACCCCAUUCCCAUUUUCCUCACUUUUCUGUUAAAGCGUCAUGGCCUCAAGUGACAGAUAAGAGGAAGUUGACGAGAUAGAAAGAAUAUGAACAGUCCGUGUAAAGGUUUACUUGAUGUUGAUGUGUUCUGGUCAUCUGAACUGUGCGCCAUUGGACAAAAAUCUUGAGAUAUAAGCAGGAAGGAGUAAAUGAUGUGCAAGGAAAGAUGUUACCAACAAAGUAGGUGAAAUGCCCAGAUGUUUCCUGAUGAUGUUACUUAACUGGACUCGAAAUGACAGUUUUCCAGGGUUCAUUUUUAGUAAUAUCCCAUUUUUAUUUAGGAAUAAUUAGUAUCGUGGAGAAUUAUUUAGUAAUAUCCCAUUUUUAUUUAGGAAUAAUUAGUAUCGUGGAGAAUUAUAGAUUGACACUUCUAUCAAAUAGAAAACAGAUUCCAUGUAUUCACAAGUUUUAUUGCCUUCGCUUUGGUUAUUUUGACUAUUGUAGCUAGACUGAUCUCCUGAAGCAUGGUUUCAACUUGGGUUUGACAUGUCUUUCCAUUUGGGUUUCAGGGUAAUAUUUUCAAUUCUCUUUUGUCGUUUCAAAGAGUGAAUUGCGGAAUGGCUGGUCGUAAUUUAUUUCGUUUUAUUUUUGUAUGUAUCUAUUUUCUGCUUUUCUUAUAUUCCAUUUUAGUUUGUAUUGAUCACACUUUUUUUCAGGAUAUUGAUUGCAUGCCAUUAAAUCCAUCAGAAAAUAUGCCAGAUGCUCUUAGAAGGAAGAAUCUUGUGGUGGACAAAAUCUCUGAAGCUUUUUAUGAGACAAAACAAUUCUCUCAACCACAGGACCGGAGAUUUGGAGAGUCUUUGAGACUUCUUUCUGGUGAAAAUGUGGAAAAUGCAGAAGGGAUCUGCAAUGUUUCUUCAUCCAAUUAUCCAAUGAGUACCUUGAUGAAGCAGGCAAAUGUUAGAUAAAUUUUUUAUUUAGUUUAUUUGUCAGAAACAUUUAGGAAUACUGCUCGUUAACCUUCCCUUACACUAAAAUACUUGCUCGCAGGGAGACACUAUUGAUGCUAUUGCCGUAGCUAAAGCUGCUGCAAAUGAAGUUGUUGUUGCCGCACAACAAGCAAUGUACGCACAGCCGUGUACAUUAGCGCAGAUCCAAGCAAGGGAGGCCGAUAUAAGAGCUCUUGCUGAAUUGACGCGUGCUCUUGAUAAGAAAGUACGUGCUGGAUGCUUUUAUGUUGAUGUAAAAAAUGGAUUCAAGACUAUUGAUACCUGCGACACAUCCUAAUUGUUGCUGACGACAAUAACAUUUCGCGCCAUAUUUUCUAGUUUUCUAUUUUAUAGCUGUUAACACUAUCGGGCUGUCUAACUCUAGCAAUUGAGUAGGAGUGGAGUAGCCCUGUCAUUAGAAUCACAGUUUUACUCAUCAUUGUUUUUAAACACUAGUAUGAAUCUUUUAAACCUUGUCUCAUUUUUCGGUAUCGGUUCUUCGCUGAUGUUUUUAUUUAAGUUGUUAUGUUUCAUUCGCAACAUCAGCUGUCAUAUGUUAACCUUCUACUUGAUGCAUUAGUAAGCAAGAUGAAUGAAUCAUUGCAGGAAGCAUUAUUGAUAGAACUCAGGAACAUGAAUGAGGAAGUAUCGGCAAAACAGAGGGGAGGAGAAUCCAUCAAAGAGUUCGAGCAUUUCAGGAAGCAAUAUGCCAUGGUUCUCUUACAACUUAGAGACGCCAAUGACCAGGAAAGUUGCAUCCAUGGGGACGAAAGUUUGGUUUGGUCUUAGACCAACAGUAUUUUACUUUCUAGCUCCUACAUGGUAAUUCCCGAUCAUAAAUAAGGCUGCAUUUUCUUAAUUUCAGGUUGCCGCCGCUCUAGUUUUCCUAAGGCAGCGGAACACCUACCAAGGAAAUGCAGCACCUUCAUGGCCGAAGCCCUCGGAGAACUCAGUGGGGCCCACAGGAAACCAAGGCUCCCUCGGUCAUUCAUCAUUUCCAUGUCAGGACCCUGGAACUCAUGUGCUGGACAUCAUUGAAGGCUCUAGACGAAAAGCAAAGGCGAUGGUUGAUAUUGCCAUGACGGUAAUACUCAUUCUUCAUAAUUGGUACUACUCUCAUAAAUCAUGCUUAGAAGGAGAAAACAGAUAAUCUAUUCAAAUUUAGUCCCAUUGAUUAGGGCUGCCCAACCCCCAAUGCCUCUACUGGUGGGGUCAAUGAUAUGCUAUGGGGACACGUGUCGCAUAAAAUCGGUUCUGUUGUCUAGUUGACGAACUUUCUUCCCUGAAAUAUUUUACGUCUUGAAGGAAAUUCUCCCUUUGCUAUCUCGUGGUUCUCUGGAGCUUUCAUGUCAUCUCAUAUAGCCUUCAAAGACUCGUGCUCGGAUCAUAUCCCACCAGUUUCGAUCAGACAUUUCUCGUGUUGUCCUCUCAAGAUCGGUUUCCACCUCGACAUCUGUCGUGGGCAGUUUCCACUUAAGUUCCAUUCUUCUUUUAAAAUUCCACUGUCUCUCUUUGCGCAUUUCAUCCUGUCUUGACGUGCAUUUCAGGCAAUGUCCUCGAUCAAAGAGGGCGAAGAUGCCUUCGCCCGAAUAGGAGAAGCCCUGGAUUCUGCAAAGGUGUGGCAAUCUGGUGCUGAUCCCAGCGUCUUCUCGGCAAAAUCUGUGCCGCUUCUCGAGUCAGCCGGGCGUGGCGGCUCUGCAUUCCAGGAUCAAGCCGUCAAACUGGAGCCCUCAGCCUUGCAGGCUUCCAGUCCGAAGCCAAAUUCGUCCUCCAAUGGUGCCGAGAGCUGGGUCCCCAAUGAACUGAUAUCAUCAUGUGUCGCCACUCUGCUUAUGAUCCAGGUAAAGUGAACACUUUUCAGUACAGCAUCAUUUUGAAUGAUUCCGGGAACCCGUUUGAGACCAUGAAUCUUGUUGUUUACUACCAUCAUCUUUGUGCUUUUCCUCCAUCCGUGCUAUAUCUGAAAACAGCAUAUAUAUAUAUAUAUAUAUAUAUAUUCAGAUGUAGCCUUUGAAAUGUUCCAUUCAAGGUAAGUUCUCUCUCUCUGGACAGUGAAUCUGUUCUAGAACCAGUCAUCCCAUAAAUAAAUGGAGAGCUUACCAGAUGGGGAAAGUCCGAGCAUUCGUGUUGAGCUGUUAGCCUCACUGAAAACAUACACUGGUUUCUAGGAGGCUUCAAGAUCCAUGUUGAAUCCCACGGGGAGAGAAGAUCGAAAACCCAAUGAAUCAAACGGAAUGGAACGCCCUGAGAAACAUUCACUUAGUUCCCUGGUCUUACUGAGAUUUUCUUCUUUCUUACCUUUUCUACUCCUUCCGACGAUGAUUUUUCUUCUUCUUCUUCUUUCUUUCUUUUGAUUCUGAGUCUGAUUCUGAUUCUUUUCAUCUGUAGACAUGCACCGAAAGACAGGAUCCCCCAGCCGAGGUGGCCCAGAUCCUGGACUCUGCAGUCACGACACUGGAGCCUUGCUGCCCACAGAACCUCCCAAUCUACAGGGAGAUCGAGGUGUUCAUGGGCAUUGUGAAGAACCAGAUGCUGGCCAAAGUCCCCACUCUCACCAGCUCCCUUCCCCCUUCCUCGGAGCUCCCCAUCCUAUAA